GAGAAUUCAGAAGAGAGGCAGGGUGGAGCUAGCUAGGAAGCAACAGGGAUUUAAAUGCUGCUGUUCAUGGCAGUAAUGAAAACCAUCACCUCCUCUUCACCUCAACGAGCAUCAUCGGCAACCUCCACAAGACAUCAUCAUCAUUAUAUAACGCAAACGGGAGUUGCACCACCGCUCCACAAAUACCCAGGCAGGCACACCGUCGAGGUGGCCUGGCUCCAUUCCAGUCCAGCAGCACCACAGGAACCACCACAAGCACAUGCGCGCAAGAGUGGCCGCGGUCUCCUACUCUCCUCCCCGUAGCUCCACAUCCACAGUGCAUGCAUACACGAGCUAGCUAGCUAGCUAAGCUAGUACUGAUCUCGGUUCCGUGCGCCGUGCGGCAGUGAUCAGUGGUUAAUUUUACUUUGUUGGAAGAUGAGCAGGAACAACGGCAAGGUCGGGUCCAAGCUGCAGGAGCUGCGGCUGAGCCUGUCGCGGUCGCGCGGGGGCGCUGGGGGCUCGUCGGGGGCGACGACCCACCACCACGGCGGCGGCGGGGGCUCGCCCAGGAGGCUCUCGUCGUCGUCGUCCUCGACCGCUUCUCCGCCGAGCUCGUGCGUGUCGUCGGAGGGCAGCCCCGAGGCGGGGGCAGGCGGCGCCGGCGCGCCCAUGAUCCUGGCGGGGUGCCCCCGCUGCAUGAUGUACGUGAUGCUGUCGCGGGAGGACCCCCGGUGCCCCAAGUGCUACAGCACCGUGCUCCUCGACUUCAACGACGCCCCCGCCGAUCCGCGCCACGCCGGCGCCAAGGGCAAGGGCGGCAAGCGAGGCUGACGGGAGAGCUAGCGUCGCCGGCAGGCGCAUGCCCUUGCAUGGCUAGCAACUGCCGUCCGUCGUGUCCAUUACGUACGUGGGUGCUCCUUGUGUCCGUGUGUGUUCGAGUUCGAGUUGAUCAGAAAGGAAUUAUUGCGUAGACCCGUUCUUCCAUGGGCCAGCCAUAUGAUGAGAAGCUAAAAGC